AGCUAAUUAAAUUUCGUUGACCAAUCACAGAGCUGCAUCUCCCUUCUCCGACCUCUUCCCGGAUAACCCCCAUCUUUGCCACAAGCAGGACCCCCCGCCCAAAAGCAGGACCAUCAAGAUGUCUACCGCGGUGCGAGGGAAGCUUCCGUGGCCGCUGAAGAUGUCGUAUGACAAGCAGGACACUCUGCUGAAGCUGUUUGUCCUGUCCAUCGCUGCCGUGCUCUCCUUCUCCACUCGUCUGUUCUCUGUGCUGAGGUUCGAGAGUGUUAUUCACGAGUUCGAUCCGUACUUCAACUAUCGAACCACGUGGUUUCUAACGGAGGAGGGUUUCUACAGCUUCCACAACUGGUUUGAUGACCGGGCGUGGUACCCGCUCGGACGUAUCAUUGGUGGAACCAUUUACCCUGGGUUGAUGGUGACCUCCGCCACCCUGUACCACGUCCUGCACUUCUUCAACAUCACCAUCGACAUCAGGAAUGUCUGCGUGUUCCUGGCACCGCUGUUCAGUUCACUCACCACACUGGUCACCUACCAUCUCACCAAGGAGCUCAAGGAUGUGAGCUCAGGCCUGGUGGCAGCUGCCAUGAUCGCGGCGGUUCCCGGCUACAUCUCGCGUUCCGUGGCGGGCUCGUACGAUAACGAGGGAAUCGCCAUCUUCUGCAUGCUGCUGACCUACCUGCUGUGGAUCAAGGCGGUCAAAACCGGCUCCCUCUUCUGGGGGGCCAUGUGUGCUCUGGCAUACUUCUACAUGGUGUCGUCAUGGGGAGGUUACGUGUUCCUGAUCAACCUGAUCCCCCUGCACGUGCUCGCUCUGAUGGCGACUGGGCGCUUCUCUCACCGCAUCUACGUCGCCUACUCAGCGGUGUACAGUUUGGGCACCCUGCUGUCCAUGCAGAUCUCCUUUGUAGGGUUCCAGCCAGUCCAGUCCUCCGAGCACAUGGCUGCCCUGGGUGUGUUUGGCCUGUGUCAGAUCCACUCUUUUAUUGACUACCUGCGCGCAAAGCUGUCCAAGGAGUACUUCGAGAUCCUGUUCCGCACCAUGGCUCUGUUUGUGGGGACUGCCGUCACCGGCGUGGGUGCUGUUCUCAUGGCCUCAGGCAGUAUCCUUCAACUCAGGUGUUCGUUAAGGAUUUAUUUAAUGAGAAAUGGCAGUAGGAGCUCAUGUAUAACGUGUCUUAAUGUGUCAGAACAUCAGCCCACCACCUGGUCUUCCUUCUACUGUGAUCUGCAGAUGUUGGUCUUCAUGUUCCCUGUUGGCCUGUACUACUGCUUCUGCAGACUGACUGAUGCCAACAUCUUCAUCGUCAUCUACGGCAUCACCAGCAUCUACUUUGCUGGAGUGAUGGUGCGUCUCAUGUUGGUGCUGGCUCCAGUCAUGUGCAUCCUGUCUGGCAUCGGAGUGUCAGGCAUCCUCAGCACUUACAUGAAGAACCUGGACAUCUCCAAGGUCCAGAAGAAGACCAAGAAAACUGAAAACUAUCCCAUCAAGAACGAGGUUGCGAGUGUUGUGAUCAUGAUGAUGUCACUGUUCCUGAUCACCUACACCUUCCACUGUACCUGGGUCACAUCCGAGGCCUACUCCAGCCCUUCGAUCGUCCUGUCUGCCCGUGGUGGGGACGGAAGCCGGAUCAUCUUCGACGACUUCAGGGAGGCGUACUACUGGCUCAGGCACAACACUCCGGAGGAUGCCAAGGUGAUGUCCUGGUGGGAUUAUGGGUACCAGAUCACAGCCAUGGCCAACAGGACUAUAUUAGUGGACAACAACACCUGGAACAACACUCAUAUAUCCAGGGUUGGACAGGCCAUGGCGUCCAGUGAAGAGCAUGCUUACGAGAUCAUGCGAGAACUGGACGUAAACUACGUGCUAGUCAUCUUUGGUGGUCUCACGGGCUACUCGUCUGAUGACAUCAACAAGUUCCUGUGGAUGGUGCGUAUCGGAGGCAGUACGGAGAAGGGAGAGCACAUUAAGGAGCACGACUACUACACGCCGGCGGGAGAGUUCCGCGUGGAUCGGGAGGGGUCGCCAACCCUGCUCAACUGUCUCAUGUACAAGAUGUGCUACUAUCGCUUCGGCUCUGUCUACACUGAGGGAGGCAAACCCACUGGCUACGACCGUGUCCGCAACGCUGAGAUCGGCAACAAAGACUUCGAGCUGGACGUCUUGGAAGAAGCUUACACGACGGAGCACUGGCUCGUCCGCAUCUACAAAGUCAAAGACUUAGAGAACAGGGGGAUCUAGUCUCUAACAUACUUUAUAUAUCAUCUGUGUUGGUAGUGAUCGCAGUACAAUGCUAAACUUUCUUCCAACACAAAAAUACUCACGGGUCAGAUUUUCAACGACCACUGUCGAC